UCUGACAUUAGAGCACGGGCCUUUACUAUCUGAGCUUUGAUUUGGGGAUCACAUCUUGUAACUCAUGCCGUCACUGCCAUGAACAAAUUGUGCAGGCACUCUAUCAGAGAAGCGUGUCUUUGACUGCGAGUUUAUCAAUUUUCUAGUUGUGGAGGGAUCAGCUGUGGUUGCUUUAAAAAUUCUCAAGUACAGAGAGGUGCUUCCAGUUCAAUUUCGUGAACUGCGAAUCGUAGUGAAUUUCGCAUAUAUGGUGGAAGGGAGAGACUACUUGAAGUGGCGCUCCAUAGGUGUAGAGUUAGACAACGGCCCCGCCGAAGAUCGAGCAUACAUCCUCAGUUGCAAGGAUUGGAAGGAUUCGAGUGAUAGAGAGUGCGGUGUCAGAAUUUGAGUGAGGAAGUGCAGCGAAGAGAGGGGAGACUGCAAAAGCGUGAGCGAGGUUGUAUCAGCCAAGUCGUCUGAGAAUGACGGCAGAGAUACUUUCACAGCACUGGGAAGCGCAAGGUUUGGGAUGGGGCUGCGACACGCAGCGCAUUGAGGAGGAGAGGGUGUUGGACAACUUUCAUCAAUGUGGAGUUCCAGAGGUCGAGCUCCAGCAGCAGAUCUUCUUUCCGGAGUCAUACUUCUACUUUCCCAACGCGCUCUGUUCAAACGUGCCAUUCCAGUUGGACACGAACAGCUUUCCUUGCUCACCAAGCCAAUUUAGUGAUGGAACUCGCAGCCCACCCUCCUCGAGUCAACGAAGUGAUGGAGCUCGUAGCAGUGGCGCCGUGCUAUCUGAACAGACCGACGAAGCUUGCAGUGUGGCAUCCCUAGGCAGCAGUAAAGGGAUCGACCAAUGGGCCACAACUUUGAAGAGGACGUUGGGGGAGAACUUUACGGAAGAGGUGCGCCCGAAGAUGGUUCCAUACAUCGAUGUAGACGACUUCCUUUGUUUCGAUAACGUGCAAGAUCAGCCGGCAAGCCCGCCGAGUACAGAGGCGUCAAGCCUUUGUGAGGACUUUGACAAGGCCAUGCACUCUGGUACCGAGAGGCGUCCAAACUCUUGCACAAUCAAGCGCCCACCACCGCCCCUUUCCAUUCCUUCCACGUCACAACCCACCAGUUCAUUGUUUAGAGAUAUUGCAAACAAGCCCGUAAGUCCCUGGCGCUCCAAGCGUAUUCAAUGCCAAAUUCCAGAAGUGCUUUGCACAGAUUUUUCACAAGCAGAGGGAUUCCCCUCCCUGGAUCAAAACGACCUCGAAGAUUUGUUCAGCUUCUCACUCCUCAAGGAGACCGGACAAAACACCAUAGCGUGUCCGAUUCCGCGAGAACUUGCGUCUGCCUGUGUCAAAGUAGAGCAGGACUGUCAACCUCGACCCACAACCACCCCACAGAAGCUUGCCAAACAACCACAGCCCCACUACAGGGGAGUAAGACAGCGGCCUUGGGGGAAAUUCGCAGCCGAAAUUCGAGAUUCAGCCAAGAACGGUGCACGGGUAUGGCUUGGAACCUUUGAUACUGCAGAGCAAGCAGCAUUGGCUUACGAUCGAGCAGCUCUUAAUAUGCGAGGCUCACGCGCUCUCUUAAACUUCCCACUCAAAGCCACCACCGCUCUGUCCAACCCUGAAUCACUGCCUCGCCCUCCGCUGUCGUCCUCAUCUUGCCGACAAGCGGCGAAGAAUUCUCAAAAGCAAAGAUGUAUCCACAGUCUUACGAAGAUUGCGAUCGCAUCGAGCAACAAGAGGCCUAGCGCUGUGGCCUCCGCAGAAAGCUAUGAGCUUAAGCGGCCGCGUGUGAAGGAUGAGCUGCUGGUCUAAGGAAGGAUCAUGGCUCUCCUGUUGCAAUUUUUGUGCAGAAUACUGUAGAGUUCUUCACGAAAAGCUCUUGGUUCAUGGAGAGUGGUGUUUCGGUACAUAGAGCGGGGACGAUCAUUAUCCCCUUUCAACUCUCACAAAGCUUCGUAGAGGAACCGCUGGUUUAGGCAUCAUCAAUGUAUCGAUAGAUUACAACGCCAUUGGAGUGUGUACAACAGCUGAGAAUGCUACAACAUGGAAUUUUCGGGGCGUCUGCUCCUUCUCGCACAUCAUUUAUUACCUUGAAACCUCCAUUGAUUAA